AUGCCGCCAGAGUCUACUCAGCGAAUUAAAGACUGGCUGAGCCCCACCGAGUCAGACUCUCCUGCCAGCGAAUACCGGAAGCAUCUCAACUCCCAUGCUGAAGGUACUGGGGAGUGGAUUUUUGAAACAGAGCAGUAUCGACAAUGGAGUCAGUCCAGCGUCGGAAACCUCUGGAUUCGGGGGAUUCCUGGCUGUGGAAAGUCGGUUGUCGCAGCGAACCUUAUCCGUCGGUUUCGACGAGCGAAAGACGGACCUGUUCUGUUCUUCUUUUUCCGCGAAAUCAUCCAGACAAAUCGAACACCACGGUCGCUCGUCCAGGAUUUUUGUCAUGAGAUGCUUGAGUAUUCUCCUUCGCUCCAAUCCCAGCUGAAUCAGCUGAAAGAGCAACACUCGUCGGUUGAAUCUGUUCCAUACGAGAAACUUUGGAAAUGCAUGUCAAGCGCUAUGAGUGCUGUCGGAAAGGUCCACUGUGUGGUCGAUGCAUUGGAUGAAAUGGAACAAGGGAAUGAUCAGUUCUUCAAAGAUCUUCUUGAUCUCGGUCGGCAAUCCGGCGGUUCAAUCAAGUUGAUCAUGACUAGUCGCCAGGUUCUACAUGUUGAAAAACAUCUGAAUGGGACAUCUGUGGUCGAUCUACGCCUUGAUCGCCGGAACGUCGAUCGAGAUAUUACCCUCUAUAUCGCGCAACGAUUGGAAGAGGCCAAUCUCAACAUCUCUCAGGACAAGAUCGAUUUCGCGAAGAAGGCAAUCUGCGAAAGAGGACAAGGUCUUUUCCUUUACUCCAGACUCAUGUUGGACCAGCUGUUGUUGGACCCGGAGUCAAUAGUCUCCAACAUUGAAAAUCUCCCCAAUGGUCUUGGAGAUGUGUAUACGGAAAUUCUCCGCGACCAUGCCACUCGUUCGGGUACCCCUACAUCUUUUCAACUGCUCAUUCUCCAGUGGAUCACCCACUCUGCACGACCACUACGCCUCCUUGAGCUGGCUGUAAUGGUAGAUUCUCUUCCCGAUCGUGGUGGACUGAGCCAAGACCAAGAUACAAAGCUUGCUAUCCGAACGACAUGUGGCCCCCUCUUGGAGCUUUGUGAAGAUGGGGUGCUUCAAAUAAUUCACCAUUCCCUAACUGAAUUCGCACUUAACCGAGAUGUUGCCCAUACUCAAAUUUCCAACCACGCACGCGACUUUUCGGGAUUUCACUCACCCACCGUCCAUGCAAUGAUCACCCGCACAUGCAUCAACUAUCUUUCCAAUGGGUGUCUAGACCAACAUCGUCCAAUUUGCUCCAAUACAAGAGACUACGACCAGUGGCAUGGAGACAAAAAGGAACUGAUGCUACGAUUCUACUUCCUUCGGUAUGCGAUCUCGGAGUGGCCAUUCCACGCAUCUAAAGCAGCUGAAUCUGAUGAGCUGAUGCACCUUCUCGACAAUUUCUGCCAGGAUUCUAACCAAAGCUACAUGGCUUGGAAAUCACUAUGGUCCGCAGCUGACCGCGAUGCACCCGGCGAAGGCUCAUCCCUCCAUGUUGCUGCGUAUUGUGGAAUUCCUGCUUUUGCGAGUUACCUCAUUGGCAACGGAGUUGACUUGGACACCAGAGAUGCUAAGGAUGAAACACCAUUGAUGUUUGCCGUUAGCAAGAAUCGUCAUGCUAUCAUAACUCUGCUUCUACAUCAUGGAGCUAACCCCAGCAAAAGUUGCGAGAAAGACCUAGUGCUGUAUGCUGCAGAUUUGAAUCAUGCCGAGUCUUUGCGUGCAUUGAUACUAGGAGGGGCAGAGCUCAAGACAACACUAAGUGAUGUCUUUGAACAGAAGGAAAGCUUCUGGUGUGACACUCUGAAUGAGGUAGCCAAAUACCGGACUUUGCCUAAAAUGAUCAAUCCUCUUGAACGAGCAUGUUACGAGGGGAACACUGAAUGUGUUCAGGAACUAAUGAAACACCUUGAUCCAUCUUACCUAUGCAAUGGCUUCCUUCACAUUGCUUCAAAACGAGGAAAGUCGAAAACAGUGACUGCUCUUUUGGAAAAUGAAAAAGUUCGACUCGCAAUCAACGACCAUGAUUCGGAAGGAAACACACCUCUAUACCUGGCUGCUAAGCAACGUGAUUUUGCAACGAUCAAAGUCUUGUUAGACCACGGGGCUGAUAUCAACGCCAUGUCAAUGAAUUCGAGUUAUCCCCCUGAACCACCGCACGACCAGGCAAAAUAUCCCUCUGGACCACAGCCAAGUUACUCCCCUCUGCAUGGGCUAGCUCUUGGUUUUGCGUCUCAUUGGUGGUCACCAUCCGAGCGAUCGAACUGGGUAGAGUCAUUGGAAUUGCUCCUCCGUGCAGGCUGUGAUAUCGAUACCAGAGAUUAUCUGGGGCGCACGCCUCUUUUCUGGUGGUCUGAGUUUCCCGCUUUCUCCCAAAGCACAGAAUCCAUGGAUUUUGUCUCCGCUCUUAUCGACCGUGGUGCCGAUGCUUCGUUGCUCGACUUCAAGGGCCUGUCACCACUCCACGUGGGCCUCCAACAACUGACCUCGAAAAUUGCCGAGCUUCUUGUGAGUGGUGGUGCUGAUAUUAACACCUCGAGAACCUCCGAUGGCCUGACACCUCUGAUGGCCAUGUCACCGCAGUUAACUCGCGAGGAGUUGGUUCUAUGGCGAGAUAAGAAUGGAAAGUUCUCCCAAAAAGAUUGCGCCGGGAACACAGCUUUCCAUCACUGUUUUCGUCCACGGGUCCCUCCCGUCAAUAAAAAUGACACAGUGCCAUGGAUAAAAACUUGGUUUGAUGUGGCAGACAUAAAUGCGCGGAAUCAUACUGGUCGAACACCUCUUCUUGAAAUCCUGUUCAGAAAACAUGAGUGGAGUGUAGGAAUGUCGCACAACACUGAAGUUGUCCGAGAGUUUGUCAAGAACGGAGCGUCGAUGGAAGCCCGGGACACUUUUGGACGAACGGCACUUCUCGUCGCAUUGAAUCACCCGAAAUUGGAGACAUUCCAACUAGUUGACGAGAUAUUGACCCUAGGAGGCGAUGUCAAGGCGGUAGACAAUGAGGGCAGAUCAGCGCUGCAUUAUGCUUUCAGGGUUUACAAGAGAUUCUUUUCGUUUGAUCGCAAAUCCGGUCGGAGAUCCAUCUCAAAGAUGAUUGAAUUAGGGGCAAAGGUUGAUGCGAAGGAUCACCAAGGAAACACCAUCCUUCACGAGCUUCUUGGUGUGGACAGUUGCUAUAAAACCUGGAAAGAGGUGGAACCUAGCGUCAAACUCAUGAUUGAAAUCGGCGUACCACUUCACGCAGUAAAUCACCAAGGUCAGACUGUAUUACACCUUGCCGCCAGAGACACAAAGACAGCCCAACGGAAUGAGAAUUGUUCAGGCAAUGCCCUCAGAUUCCUCCUAGGACCGCCUGCGAGCCUUGAAGUCGAUGCUCGCGAUAUCAAUGGACGCACAGCGUUACAUUUUGCAUCAGCAACAUCAGAUAUUCUCACUUCUAUCUUGAUUCAGCAUGGUGCUGAUGUCUGGGCUGAAGAUCACCAGAACCGAACUCCUCUGCAUUUUGCUGCCGAGGCGGGCCAGAGCAAUGUCGUGGGCUUGCUUCUUGAGAGCUAUUCCAAUGAAGAAAAAUCAGUGGAUGGACUUUGUGACAUUAAUCGAUCGGCAUUGCACAUUGCUUGUCGAGCUGGGUGUCAAGAAUCCGUUCAGAUGUUGCUUGAUGCUGGUGCCAAUCCCCGAACCCGAGACAAAGAGGGAAAGACACCCUUGCAUGCGGCUGCAGAGUUCAAAUUUGUUUCCAGUGGUGAGAUGAAGCAACCGAAAUCCGAUAACGUGGUUUCUGUCUCUGCGGAAACGACAUCCACGCUCGAGCUUGAUGAUUGGGAUGCCGAAUGUCAAAAGGAAAUUCCUGGGCAGCUGUUCAGGGACAUCCGACAAGUUAUCGCGUUACUGAUCGCUGCUGGAGCAGAGCCACAUUCAACGGAUAAGAAGGACCAGACGGCAUCUGAGGUGGCUGCAAGCUUGGGCUGCACUGCUGUUUCAGACGAACUGAUGAAUAUUGCCAGUGGGGGUUCAACCCUCCAAACAGACUUGUUGAAGCACCAAUUGAGCUCCGCAUGUAACAAAUUUGAUGCAAUUAAAGCAUCAGAGGAUCGAACCGCGUUCUUCAAGAAAGUCGUGUCAACGGGAAAUGGACGCCUAUUCGAAGAAAUAUUAUGCAUGAAUCAUCUGCGACUUUCAGGGCCCGACGGAAAGUCGAUUAUGACUUAUAUCUCCCACUGGGGUCUGGCAUCUAUGAUGAAGCGCCUAAUUCCAUAUGUGGAGGACUUUGCUUUCAUGAUCUCCGAGCUUCUGGAAACUGCAAUUCGCCAGAGAUCAUGCAAUCUCCAGAUGUUGAGAGUCAUUGUCGAGAAUAUUACCGACCGUGAAGAUCGACGGAUUUUUGCCAAAUCUGUCGAACAUUCAGUCAAGUCCGAGAGCUGGUGGUAUCCUAGAGCGCUUUCCAUUCUUAUGGAUGCAGGUGGAUCUCCCAAUUCCGAUGGUCACUAUACCCCUUUGCGCGAUUGCUUGUGGGUGGGGGUAAAUGGAGAAUCCGAGAACUUCAUUCUUUGGCGCGAUCAGUCACUUCGGAUUCUUCUGGAAAAUGGUGCGGAUCCCAAUGAAUUGGGAGCUGCUCUGGACUGCAAACGAGAUGUGAAGAUCCUGAAAUUGCUUGUUGAUCAUGGCGCUCGUAUUUCCGGUUCAAUUCGGCCUCUCAUACAGGCACUCCGUCACAAAGAUAUUGAUUUUGCGGCUGUCGAGUUCCUCUUAGACUCCGGUGCUGACCCAAAUGGAACAGAUUCGACGCGCCCUCUUCAAUGCUCUGCAUCUCAGUAUAAAUCCGAGAAAGCAGUUGCAUUGCUCAUCAAAUACGGUGCUGAUCUAUACGCACCUAUGAAAGAUGGCACAUCUACUGUUCUUCAUGAGAUUUGUGCUUCGGGUGGCAUAUUAAAGCCCAUAUUGGCAGCAGGAAUCGAUCUCAAUCCGCUUGACGCUCAGCAAAGAACACCUCUCAUGAGGGCUUGUGCGAACGUACGCAAUCGAUUGCCUAACGCCGCGGAGUUGAUCCAGGCAAACGCUUUGGUGGACUCCGUUGAUGAUGCAGGAUCAACGGCUUUACAUCACGCCGCCCGAUGUGGGAAUGUGAAAGCCGUAGAAGAGCUUCUUGGACGCUCUGUGGAUAUAUCAUUGCGGAACUCUGCAGACUUCACGCCCCUGUGCAGUGCACUACACAGCUUUUCGAGGUAUUGGGACGUGCUUGAGCUUCAUGCAACGAUUGAAGCCCUCCUAGAUGCUGGUGCAGAUCCCCACGACAUUCUACCAGAUGGUCGAGGCGCACUUCACUGUGUAGUUGGGCCCAUCAUGAACUCCAGCAACGAAGAUCGGAAGCAGCAAAUCGAGCAAAAUCGAGACGAAGACCAUUUCGGUUUAGCAUCUGGGCUCUACCGCCACUUUAUUGAGGCCGGAUGUGACCCUGAGCUUCGAGAUACGAAGGGGAGAACCCCGAUCUUUGAUUUCAUCGCCGCGGAUAAGUCUUAUUCUGGGGACCAUAUUAAUCCAGAAAUCUCUCCUGUCAACGUCGAUGACUGUCGGGAGAUGCUUGCUAAGCAUGAUGUCCACAAAAUUGAUUAUGAUGGGGAGAGUCUUCUCCAUGCUCUCGCCCGACGAGAGGAAGGUGAAUGCGAAAGUGAAGAUCAUGGCUCGAAGUUGUUUUCCAUGCUGGUGGAUAUGGGUUUGGACCCGUGGAAAGAGAACAAUAUGGGUCAAACACCGCUGGACAUUGCAUCUACCCAUGAGCAAUAUGAGAUAUUGAGACUCUUUGCAAGAGAUGAAUAG